AUGAAGGUCAUUCACGUUCAAUUUGCAGCAAUCCAAGGUGAUAUCGCCGGCAGUAUAUCCAAGGUGGAAGGAUUGCUCCACGACGUCCAGCCCGAGGAUGUAGAUUUUCUCCUAUUACCCGAAUUGGCUUUUGCAGAGCCGAAACUGAACGAAAGAUGCACAGGCUAUAACUUUCCAUCUUUAAAUGCCAUCCAGCCCUACCUUGAGCUCAGCGAGUCUGGUCCCUCAAGUGCGUGGGCGCGCACCACAGCACAGCGCCUACGAAGUAUUGUCAGUGUCGGCUAUGCCGAAAAGGUACAUGCUUCAUCUACAUCUGCAUGCACCACGAACUAUAAUUCCAAUAUCACAUAUUGCCCAGAUGGUCGGGUGAUUGCACAUUAUCGCAAGCGCUUUCUCUACAUGACUGACGAGUCAUGGUGCGCGGAAGGAGGAGAGGGCUUCUAUGCCGGCAAAUUUCCUGCUCCCGUGAACCAAAGUAUUGCCCUCGGCAUCUGCAUGGAUAUCAAUCCUUACCGCUUCACAGCUCCGUGGACUGACAUGGAAUUUGCUCACCAUGCACUUGAAGUAGGUGCUCAAAUGGUAGUGGUUUCAAUGGCAUGGAACAGCUUAACCCUAUCACAUGAAGAAGUCCUCCAGAACCCAUCGAACAUGGAGCCAGAUCUUGAAACACUUGAUUACUGGAUCCAGAGAUUCAAACCAUUGGUCGAGGCAAAUAAUUCCGUGCUCCUGGUCAUGGGAAAUCGUUGUGGUACAGAAGAGCAGGUUGUUUAUGCCGGGACGAGUAUGAUUGCUAGGGUUGGAGGGGGAUCUGUCGAAAUUUGGGAUGUAGCUGGCCGAGGAGAAGAACGGCUUUUGGUCGUUGAUACAGAAACCAAGCCCCAGUUUAAUUUGAAAUUUGAACCGCGCAAAUUUACUGCCUCCGCCUGA